AUAACAGUUUUUCCUAAUUGCAUCCUAAUCAUUUCACAUACGAACGUGCCAAAGUGAAUAAUUGCAUUGAAGAUUUCAUCAAGUAUCAAGUAAAAAUGACUGAAAAUCUGAUUUGGACAGUGAAAAACGGUGAGCUUGAUGAUUUAAAGGCAGCAAUUGAAUCGCAGAACUUUGCAAUCAAUCAAGACAUAAAUGGACGAACUUUAUUGCAUUAUGCUGCUGAUUAUGGACAAACGGAAGUAGUCAACUACCUCAUUUCAAAAGGAGCAGACGUAAAUGCACUUGACAAACAUGGUAUUACUGCGAUUCUUGCCGCUAUUUGGGAAGGUCAUACUAAUUGUGUGAAACUUUUGCUCAGCAGUGGUGCACUGAAAACUGGACAAACACCAGAUGGAACUUCAUACUUGGAUGCAGCCGAGAAGGCUGAAAUUAAAGCUCUUUUAACUGCUUAAAUUAACACAACGAGAGACAAUUCAUUUUCAUGUCAAAAAAGAGGUCAAACCCAAUAUUUUUCACGAA